AUGAUCUUGUAUGAUGAAUUCCGAGAACAAUUACCAAUAUCUCCUACAGAUUCCAUUGAAAACUAUCAGAUAACACCGCUAACAUAUUUUGAUGAACAAAAUAAAAUGAUAAAAACAUUCGAUAAUGCAUUACCAAUUGAAUAUCGUGCGUGGGAAAAAUCAAUAAUCUAUCAUUCAAAUAUGAUUAAUCUAUCGAAAACAGAAGAAACAGGUUGGAUACCAACACGUGAUUGUCGAACAUUGGCUACUUAUCAAAAAGAGAUAUUAGGUGAAUUUAAUAUAUUCAAAUUUCGAAACAUACACAUAGAUGACCGAAAUCGAGCUAUAAAUUGGCAUUCAAUAUUUCCUUUUAAUGAUAGUAUUAUAUUAAAAAAUAUAAUGGAUAAUCAUAAUUUUCAAUUUGAUUUGAAUUACAAACCAAAAUAUAUCAAUCCUCAGCAAAAUUCAACAGUAUUUGAAAUACCAAUAGAACCUCAUAUGAUUCCUAUUCGAAAAGAAAAAACAACGAUACAUAAAAGAAUUAAUUCUUUAAAAAAUAAUAAAGAAAGUCGUUUACAUCGAACACGCAAUGUUCUUGCCCGUGUAGGUUUAACCGGUGUUUUACCUGAUAAUCACGAUGAUUCUCAUUAUCAUCAUCAUCAUCAUGAUAAAUAUAAAGAAACAAUUAAAAUCAAAUCAACUAAUUUUUGGAAUUUAAGUAAUGAUUUUUAUUAUGAUUUAAAUACUGAACAAGAUUUUCAAUCUAAACGACGUUUAAAUUCUUUACAAAAUCAUAAUUUUAUAUUCUAUCCAAUAUUUCGUACAAUAAAUCAAUUACGUUAUUUUCAUCAUCCAUUACUUCAUUAUUCAAAUAUUGAUCAUCGUUGGAUAUCAAUUCAAUUGUCGAAUAUGAAAACUUUGGAUAAAUCUAUUCGAAUUAAAUCUGAUUUAACAGGUAUAUGCGGUGAAAUACUUUUCUUUGAAUAUAGUGAACAAUAUCCAGUAUUAUUAAAUGAAAUUGGAAUGUUUAGUAAAAUUCGAACAUAUCUUCGACCGCAACAUUUUAAAGCUGAUAUAAAUUCAGCUGAAAUUGAUUAUGGUGAAUUAAUUUAUACACAUGCAUCACCAUUUCUUUGGUCAAUACCACGUGGUUUAAAUAUUCAAACAAUAGAAAAUAAUAUGUUUCUAGCACCAGUUUAUCGACAAAUAUGUUUAAAAAAUGAUUUUUUAAUAAUAAUUAAUCGAAAACGUGAAUUUUGGAUACGUAAUAUAAAUAGAAUUUAUAUUAUUGGACAACAAUGUCCAUUAAUUGAAGUACCUAUACCACAAUCAAAACGUGUCAAUUUAUUUCAACGUGAUUUAUUACAAAUAUAUAUCUAUCGAUUAUUUUUACAAAGUAAUGAAAUACCACGUCGAAUACGUAUUGAUGAUAUUAAACGAGUAUUUCCACGUAUGGCUGAAUCAUCAAUUCGUAAACGAUUAAAAACAAGUGCAGAUUUUCGACGAACUGAUGAUUGUAAUUCAUGGAUAUUGAGAAAUGAUUUUCGAUUACCGACAGAAGAUGAAAUACAUGAUUUAAUUAAACCGGAAUUUUGUUGUGCAUAUGCAUCUAUGACUGCAGCUGAACAACGUUUGAAAGGUAUUUCUAGUCUUUGUUCAAUCGGAUUUGAAGAUAAGACUAAAUUUAUUAUUGUAUCAAUAGAUGCUGGUUUUCGUGAUAAAUACAACCUUGGUUUUGAUGAUGAAGAUGAUGAUGAACAAUCGAACCAUUUAUCUGAACUUGACGAUGAAAUUUUACAAGCACCUUGGAAUACAACACGUGCAUAUCUUAGUGCAUUGAAAGGCAAAUGUUCAAUACAUGCAUUUGGUAUUGGAGCUAAAACUAUUCAUAAAACUAAAAAUAAUAAUGAUUUAAAACAUCUACGUCGAGCUGUAACAGGUACUGAUGCUGAUCUUCGUCGUUUACAAUUAAAAGAUGCAAGAAAAUUAUUACUGAAAUUUAAUAUAUCGGAUAAAAUUAUUCAAUCAUUAACACGAUGGGAAAUUGUAGAUUUAGUACGAACAUUAUCAACACAACAAGCAAAAGAAGGCAUUGGUGGUGGAAUGUUGAAAUAUGCUCGAGGUGCAAAACAUCUCCAAGCUCAACAAUUUGAAAAAUAUAAAGAAAAUUAUCAAAAACAAUUUGAACUUCAAAAUCAGUUAUUUACUUGUACAGAUCAACAAUUAACUGAUGAAGAUUUAUCAGAUGAAAGUGAUGAAUUACUCGAUGAAAUGAGUCAAACAUUAGAAAAUCUUUUACGAGAACAUACAACAGUAUCCAUUUCGAAUAAAUAUAAAAAAAUGUUACAUAUUACUCGAACUUAUAUUGAUAAUCAAGGAGAAUCUUAUCAACAAGAAGAAUUUAUUCGAAAUAAUGAUUCCGUUAUUCAAACAUAUAUUAAAAUACGUCAAAAUAAAAGUGAUAAAUUUAUUAAAGCAUAUUAUGCAUUGGAUAAUAAUGAACGUGAAAAAUUAAAACGAGAACGUCGUCGUCUUCAAGAACAACUUCGACGAGUAAAACGAAAUGAAGCCCGUUAUAAUCAAUAUGAAAAGCAACAAAUGUUAUUAGAAAUACAACAACAAAAUCUAGCAUUGAUAAAAUCAACUCAAGCAUAUCAACCACCAUUAUUAUCAUCGAAAUCAAUAACUUUACAACGUUCAACUAGUGUUCUAUCUAAUUUACAAUUAAGUAUGAGCGAAGAUGAUGAUAACUCUUCAUCAUCAAAUCUAAACUUUUAA